AUGGCUAUCAAAUCGUUGGAGCUGUUCUUGUUUGAGCGCGGGUUAGUCGGUUCAUAUCCACUUGAAGCAUUGAAAAAUUCGACUUUAGGGAUUGAUGUUGGCCACUAUGUGUCCAGGUUGUUGACAGCUAAGAAGGAACAGUAUUUGGACGCCGUUGGUGGAUUUCCUACAUCUUUAAACCUGUUUUUGGAGAGUGAUUUGAAAGUGUUCGCAGAAUAUAAUAUUACACCUGUUUUCAUCUUUGAAGGAUCUCUGUCACAAAAUAAUUUAAUCGAUUCAGGUCACUUUGUUGCUAAUGGUAAUGUUAAAUCUGUAAAUUCAAUGGAUCAAAAUAACGCCCCAGGUGCAACCACUAACGGUAGAGAAAGUAAUGGUACUUCUGAUAAAGAUAUUGCAUUGGCUCACAGAAAUAAGGCAUGGACUCAAUGGAAAAAUCUGGUCACUGCCACUCAAUCUACAUAUAUUGACCAACCACCAAUACCACAUGAACCAUUCCGUUACCAUACAUCAGUUGAUCCCCGUCGUUAUCAGGAGGAUUUGAUUCAAUAUUUCAUUGAACAUGAAGUACAUUAUCAAGUUGCACCAUUUGUUGCAUGGUCUCAAUUGGCAUACCUUUACAAACAUGACUACAUCGAUGCAAUUUUUGGUCCUACAGAUUGUUUGAUGCUUGGUGAAGUCGAUAGAUUUAUCCUUGGAAUGGAAUUCCCAAAUAAGGACUUUAGAUACAUUGAUAAAAAUCGUGUAUUGAAAGAAAUGGGGAUAUCCUUAAAAGAAUUUGUUGAUAUCGCAAUGACUCUGGGUAAUACUUUACAACCUACUACUUUACCACCUUUACAGAUUUAUCCAAGUAAUAAAUUAUUCGAAAUCGCUUUGGAAAUGGUUCUGAAUACAGGUACAAAUUUUUAUUUGUAUCAAUUAGGAAAUGAAAUGGAUACUACUACACAAUCUUAUUUGGAACAAUUUCAAAGAGGUGUAUCUCAUUUGAAGUAUAUGCCAGUGUUGAAGGACUCGGGAAAAGUCGAUCUUUACAUUAAUGAUUUCGAAAAUAUGAAUUCACAUUCUGAUGGAAACAAACUAUCACAAAAUGGAGAAACUGAGAAUGAACAUUACAAUAACAAAAAAUCAGAAACCACUAGAACUUUACCUAUACCUAAUGAUGUUCAUGAUUUUAUUACCCAAAGAUUACCAAAUGAAUAUUAUUUCUAUAAAUCCUUAGGUUUGACAUCAGGUAAACUGUUUGAUGCAAUCACCACUGGUGUAUAUCCAGAAGAACCACCUUUGGAUGGCGGAGCCUCUAAUUCAUAUAGAAAAUUGGUUACUGAUUCGGUCACUAUUUUCAAGAAUAAAGAAUUAAACCUAUUGACUCAACCAAUCAACAGAUAUUUCCAAAUGAAACAGAUUAAGCAAGUAAAAUGGUUUGAUAAUGAUGAUAAAACUACUUUAUUGAAUAGAACUACUCCUUCGAUAUUUGAUAAAUUAAACCACUUGAUUGUUAAGACUGGUAGUGGCGACGAAAAUAAAUCAUUUGCUAUUGAUUCAUUCAUUAAGUUAUUAAAUGAUUCCACUGAUUUAGUUACUGAUUUUAUUUCUAACGACGUAUUGUUUCCAAAUUCUGUUCCUUUAGAGAAAAAAUUAAAUAAUUCUUUUGAUUUAUUGGCUACAACGUUGUUAAGAACUCUAGUUCAAUUAGAAUUUUUUCAAUAUGACUUUGAUAAGAAAAUUUUAAAACCAACCCCAUGGGGUGAAAUUUUCUUAAAAUUUAAUAAUUUACAAAUUGAACCCCAAUUCCAAGAAAAUUUAUUAAUUUUAUUAUUGUUUUUGAAAACUAACGUCUUAACUUUAAGUGAAGAAUUCCAACCUUCGAUUCAUUCUGCAUUGUCCGAUCAUACAUUGCGUACUUACCCACAGGAAGCCAAUAGCAUUCUUUUAUUAACGAGAGUGUUGACAUUGUACCAAGUCAAACAAAAGCCUACAAAUUAUCAUGGUCCUAUUGAUAAGAAGACUUUAGCAUUCAGAGAUCAUUUGGAUUUUGUCAGAGAAAACAUGAACGAUAUGUUUGAAGCUGUCCUAGUAUCAUCAUUAACAGCAAAUGAAUUUAACAAAUUGCAGUACGACAAUCAUAAUUGGCAAAAAGACAUUGUUGCAAAGAUGCCUUUCAAAUUAGAAUUACCAAAUAUCCUAAUGGCAAUGAUGUGGGAAUUUUUCUUACAAAAAUAUUUGCAUAAUGGGAACUCCAAGAGUGAUGCUAUGGCAUUAAUUAAUAAUGUAUUCAACACUUACAAGAUGAUUACAAAACUAGAAGAACAAUUUGAUAAUUCCUUCAAGUACUUGGAUCAAUGUAGUAAAUUGUUUAAGGAAGUCGCAGGAGCUAGAUUGAUGAAAAGUAAUGAAGCCACUGCAUUUGAAGAUGCAGUUGCUUUAUGUAAGAAUGCUUUAGUAGAAAAUUAG